AAUCUUUAUAUUCUUGCAUGAGAAGCAAGCUGCCAAGCGGUGCUAGCUCCAAGAGUCGGUCAGUGUCUCUAGAGUUUUCGAUACCCACCAGCCAUGUCUGCUAUGGCUGCCGGCGCGGCUCCCCCUGCAAGCAGCUCCCGUCUCCUCUUCAAUCCUCCGCGUCGGCCUCUCCUCCCUCCCGCCGGUCUUGCUGCCUCCCUCCGUUUUAGGUAUAAAGAUACAAUUCCAGAAAGAUUUUCCAAGAUCGGCACGGUACAUGAGCCCUUGGCCAGUCGUACAGUUGUUGCAUGCAGAUCUAAAGGAAUGUCAUUCCCACACCUCUCUGCCGCAUCAUCUACGCUUUUAGGUGGGGAUCAAAUUGGGCUGUCACGUGCAAUUCCUAGGUUACCAGUACAAAGAAAAGCUCUAAUACCCGUGCGAGCAUCCAAAAAUAAUCCAUUCGGUUAUCGCCUUCCGACAAUGAAUGAGAAGCCGGAAUGGUGGUAUAGAAUUUUGGCAUGUGUUCCAUAUCUUUUAGCUUUGCAAAUGUCCGACACAGCAUUUUAUGUCCUACCUUUCCUUGAACGCUACGAAGUCCUCGAGAGUUUGUAUUAUUAUAUCCCAGGAUCCGUUAGGAGGUUACCUUGGUGGUUCCAGUUUGCACAUUUCUACCUUGCAUACUUAGGAGUGGUGAGGAAUAAUAAAUGGCCUCAUUAUUUGAGAUUCCAUGUAGCAAUGGGCUUUUUAUUAGAAUCAGCGCUGAUGGUGGUUGUGAAUUCAAGCAAUCUAAUGCCCCUUAUACACUUCCAAGGUACGUUUGGGUUAUACUAUUGGGCAGCUGUUGGAUUCAUAUAUAUUUUUGUCAUGUUGGAGUGUGUAAGGUGUGCUAUUGCUGGUACGUAUGUUAAACUCCCAUUGAUCAGUGAUAGUGCAUUUAUUCACACUCUUUUCAGAGUAGGGGGAUAUCAGAGGCCUUUCUAGUAAGUGGUAUCAAGUUCUGUAACAUGGGGUUUUGGGAAGGGCCUCGCCCAUUGUGUAGCCCAAUAUGUUCGACAAGAAAGGGGUGGAAAGAGAGAGAAAAUAAGGAUGUUAGAAUUUGUUUUCUUUCAUUUCCUGUUGUUGUUUCUUUGUUGGAACCAUGAUAUGUUGCAGCAAAUAAAUGUCUUGAAACUAUGAUAAUUA